AUGAAAGGGCAGCUUAAGUCCCUUCAUGAGAAAAUAGACCAACUUCUUCUUGCCUCUAAGGCGUCCUCUUUUGAAGCUUACUCAAUAACAACGAUUAAGUCUUUUUCUGAACGAAUCAUGAAGGAACAUGCAGAGAAUGAUGCAAAGCUGAACAGGGAGGUGUCUGAGUCUGCUGAUGUUUGCAAAUCUACGACUGAAAAAGUUGAUAAACUAAUCUUUGAAACAAACACUUUCAUGGAAAAUUAUCGAACCACCUACAACAACAACACGACAUCUGUGAAUGAAGCUCUCCAGAACUUGGGUGCUAUGUUAAAAACUGAGAAGAUAACCUUGGAGAAGAUUUGCAUUGGCUUGCAGCAGGAUCAUGCCUCAUUUCAAACAUCUCUCACUUUGCAAAUUUCAAAGCUUCAGGAUGAUUUGGCGAUAGAAAGUAAGAUUAUAGACGCUCUACCCAGAAAGAUAGAGAAGGUCAAGGUGUAA